AUGCUUCUCAUUCUCAAUGAAACCUUUUCUCACCUCAAAGAUCAAGCUACAACUGUCGAAGCUUAUGAUUCACUUUCCAAGCAAAUCAAUAUGAGCUUUAAACGAGUCUUUGACCGUUUAAUCAAGCUCAAGUCAAAUCCAUUGUUUGCAUUGGAGGCAGAGUCGUACCAUGCGAGAGGGGGAGAACAGCAUAUGAGAGAACAACAGAGACAACAACAUACAGUUCAAUGGAGAUCAAUCUCAGAAUUUUUUCUCCAAGAUGAAGAUUCUAAAAGAAGAAUCUAUGGAAUUAGAUACUUCAGAAGCUGA